AUGCCAGAGGAGGACACACGCUCAGACGCGUCGUUCCAGUCUGCCGCCGACGAGGACUUAGACCUGCCGCGGGGCUCUGGGGAGGACGAAGACGAUGACGAUGCCCUGCCGCCUGGUUUGGAAGACGAAGGCGAAGAGGCGGCCGACAGGUGGAACCUCCGCAAGGACGGAAACAGGGAGCAGCUAGAGCCCAUCCACCAGAGGCUCUUGGAGGACCGCGAGCACAUCAAGGUCUCGAAGAUGUUCUCGUACGUGCUCCGGCAUUCUGCCCACAAGAUGGACGUGGGGAUCCGCAAGGAUGGAUAUGUGCGGUUGCGAGACAUAAUGAAACUUAGGAAUUUCAAACCUUACAACCUAGAGGAGCUCAUGGCUGUGGUUUACUUUGACGAAAAGGAGAGGUUCACCAUGGUACGUGAGUUCGACGGGGAGCUGCUGAUUCGCGCCAACCAGGGCCAUACGAUGAAAGUUGUGGAAUCUGACAUGCUGCUCGAACUUGUCGUUGACCCCGAAACGGUGACGGAGUGCGUUCAUGGCACGUACUUGGUGCACUGGCCUUUCAUCAAAAAACAAGGACUUUCCAAGGUAGCUCGCAACCACAUUCAUUUAGCAAACGGGAUGCCCGAGGAUGGAAAGAUCCGAGGGAUGCGCGCGACCGCGGAGCUCUUCGUGUACGUUGACGUUCCGAAGGCGAUGGAGGAAGGCGUUAUCUUUUACAGGAGCAAAAACGACGUGAUACUGACCCAGGGCAUUAACGGAUGGUUGCCCCCCAAAUACUUUCACAAGGCCGUGAGGAUCGACUACAACACGUGCGACAUCGAGGAGAUGGAGUUCGAGCCCGAAGCUGAGGUCCCAGCGUGGGCAGCAGAGCUCGCACCAUCGGGGCCAGGUGAGCAGGGCACGUAUCUCAUCAAGAAUUUGGAGGCAUUGAUCGGCAAUUGUAAGAAGCGCCUUUCGGAGAUCAACGACCUGAAGGCGAUGCAGGAGAAUGGCGAGGAGCUUAGCGAGGAGGAGCUGAGCAAGGUCGGCAACCACGCCGAAGUGUACACGGAGUUGCAGAGCCUGGAACAGCGGUGGCGGCAGCACAAGGGCCACAGGAAAGAGAAUGCCCACGAGAAGGAGCAGCGCGCUAUGGAGGAGGCGGAGUCGGGCACCAUAGUGCGGCGCAAAGACCGGGCGGUCGCCCCGCCAUGGGAGAAGCAGGGGGCUCUGGAGUCUGGGGACAAGAAGGCAACCGAGAAGGAGAAGGCGGAGUGGGCCAUGAUUGGCAAGAGGCGGGAGAACGCCCCCGAGAAGGAGAAGGCCCCCAAGAAGGAUGAUCCUUGGGACAAGAUCGGCAGCAUGCGCUCGGGCAACACCCCCGCUGCGUCCUCAGGAAAGCCAAGCUUGUUCGACCCUGCAGACAGGGACACGGGGUCAUGGCGCACGGGCGGCGGCGAGUCCAGCAGGCGACUCCGCCGCAACACAAACAACAGGACAGCGGAUACGAAUUGUGUGCGCAUAGGAGUCUCCAUGGCCGGCCACGGCGCCGUCCUCGGCGCCGGCCGCGGCGGCGGCGCCCAGACGCCGGAGGAGCUGGGGUUCUCCGAGGCGGGUGACUCCGACGACGCGGACGGCUAUGGCAAGUCUCAGUUCAGCGAGGAGUUUUGCUUGGACAUCGGCGCGAAGGGUUUCCCGAUCCCCACGUUCAAGAUGCUCCAGGCGGCCAACUGGGACGCGGCGACGUACUUCGCGCAGUUGCAGGGGGCGGGGUAUGCCGAGGAUGCCCUGCAGAUGACCGGGCCAGACGCAGCUCUUUUGAAGUCGGAUUGCAUGAAGGAGCGCUCUCACGGCAGGACGAAGCACAUCUUCGUGGGCGAUUCGCAGAUGAUGUCUCUGCGCAACGCGUUCCACCGCCUCAACAAGUGCCCUGAGAUCUGGUGGUCCAAUCACACCGAGCAGGACCUUUCUGACAUGAUGGGGACGGUGCGAAGGAACGAGCAGUCCAAGUCAAGGACGGGGAGCAACGCGCGCUUCUACUCCAAGGCCGAGCAGGCCCCGGGGACCGCGCAGCUGCCCCACGGCUGCACAGAGGAGGGCAUUGGGUCUUUCAUCCAUUGGGACGGCUGGGUCAGCCACCAGCUGCCUGUGAAGGAGAUCAAAAGGGAGAUGGAGUUGAUCGGCGUGGACCCCGCGGAGGGGGACAACGUUGUUGUCUGGGUUGGCUCGAACUUCAUCCCGGCAAGGCACAGGAUGACCGCCCUGCUGCAAGCCAUCAACAAGCUCCACGAGAUCAAGGUCAAGUUGGUGUGGGACUCGCCAGCCUACCAGGACGUGGCCCUCAUGGCCGCCACGACGACCCACAGCGAGGGACGCGACGAGCGCACCAAGAUCCCCAUCACCUUCAAUUCCAUCAGCCAGCGGAAGGCCACCCGGGCGAUGGGUUCGAACGAAUAUGCCACGGAGAAGCAGCUCUACGAGCAGGGCAUCGAGGUUCCCACCACGAAGCGGUGGCAGAUCACCAACCGCUACCGUGGGCUCCAGUGCGACGGCAUCCACACCGACAUGCGCGCCAGGGACCCCCUCUUCUACGACAUGCCGUGCCCCAUGGGCCAGCAGAAGUACGGCCAGUCCACCUAUUGCACCUGGGUGGAGCCAUUCAAAAAAGAGCUGAGCGGCCUCUGCCCGUGGGCCUACGGGCUGGACGACAUGGUGCUCCAGAGCGGGCUGUACUCCAUGUGCGCUGCUCACGAGAAGCCGUUCUGCUACUCUUACACCGAGCACAUCCGCUGA